AUGUCUGACAACUCUUUGCCCCAGCACAUGGGCAUGCUUGGUUUUGCUGAGCAGCCCGAGAUCGACGAUGAUGGCUACGGUCCCAUUCCCCUCCGCCAGCGCUGGUUUGACUUCCACGACGGCCAAUUCCACCACGCAGUCACCGUUGGCCCCAAUCUUGAAUCUGGUCCCGGUCCCAGCCACGAGCGCAACAUCCGUUUCAUCACCCUUGUUAUUGGCGACUUAGGCUACAACACGGAGAUGCUCGCCGCCUCCAUCAGCGGCAGCGACAUGGACCGGUUGGCCACCGUCGUGGCCGAAAUGGUCUCUGCUGACCUUGCCGAUGGCGGUCUCAAUUACAGAAAUGGCCAGCAGGGAGCGGAGAUCCGCGAUGACUCUUUCGGCCACGCCAUAGAGACCACCGACCAUCCCAUCGUCCAGAACAAGAUCCAGAAGCAGGGCAACUCCGCCAUGGCCGAUGUCGCCGUCGCUGCCGUCAUCGUCGGCGGGGCCGCCGUCGUGGUCUUCUGGCUUAUCAGAUUCACCAUCGCCAUGGGCGAGUCUCUGCAUCAUGCAGUCGUGGUUUAA